CUCCCAACUCUUUUUGCCACUGAAGAGAAACAAGCUUUCCAAACUGGUACAUGGCACCCCAUUCAGAUAUGUUGGUACAUCUUCACUUCAGUGACAAGGACAAAAUUAAGCUGAGGAAGCCAAUUGUUGAAAAGAUGCGCAGAGACCGCAUCAACAGCUGCAUCGACCAGCUCAAGAGUCUCCUGGAGAAGGAGUUUCACAGCCAAGACCCCAGCGCCAAACUGGAGAAGGCCGAUGUCCUGGAAAUGACCGUCAGCUUCCUCAAACAGCAGCGGCAGCAGCUUCCUCAGAGGGACUAUAAUGAAGGCUACUCUCACUGCUGGAGGGAGUCUGUCCACUUCCUCACUCUUCAUUCCACCGGAGGAGGAUCUGCCCGGGAGCUCCAGCAUCUCCACAACGGCCAGCAAACGAGCGCUGCUAUCAGCUCUGCCUCAACAGGAUCUUCCUCUAAACUGAGCACGCCUGGUUUGCAACAGCUUGACAUCAGGAGACCUGUCUGGAGACCCUGGUAGAGAAGAUGUGAACUGUAAACCCUGAGGGACGUCGUAUAAACGUCUCUCAUGAAAGUAGGAGAUUCAUUUCCAAAGUGUACGUUUGUGUUGUCAUCAUAUUGAUUGACGAAAACUUAAGACAAACAUGUGUUUGUCAAUUGAAAGAGGUGGAUUUAUGUGCUUCUUGUUCUGUUUUAAUAGCUCUUGAUGUGAUUUUUACCACAUGUGAUUAUUAAUUCAAAUUAAAUUGUUGUUGUUUUUGGUGUAUAUAUGUAUACAUUUUUUAUAUAUAUAUGUUUUGAUGUAUGCAUAUUUAAUUGAGGUUGCCUCCAGUGGAGUUUUGUGUAUCAGCCCAUUAAAAUGAAAUUGUACUUCAGUGUUUUUCAAAGUAUCUUUAUGUUUGCACUGGAAUUUUCCACCUUUGUUAGAUAAGGUAUGUUGUACCUUUGAUAAAGGAUCCAGUUUGUUGCCUUGACCAAUGCUGUUCUGAAAAUGAGCUCUUAUGUCAAAUGUUUUCUGUUAAUAAAAUUCUACAUUACCAA